AAUCAUUCAAAACCCCUCAAUUAUGGCAAAAAUGCUCCUGUUGCUCUGGUUACUUGUAGAUCUUCUCGUAUUCAUAAUCACAGUCGCACAAGAUGCGCAACCUGUAGGGGUGUGUUACGGAAGAGUCGGUGAUGAUUUGCCGUCGCAACAGGAUGCGGUGAACCUUUACAAGAUCAACAACAUAACCAGAAUGCGAAUUUAUGAUCCAGAUCGAGCUACUCUUCAAGCCCUAAAAGGAACCAAUAUCGAACUCAUCAUCGGCGUUCCUAAUGAUGCUCUGCAAUCCCUCAGCCAACAAAGCGCAGCGAACACAUGGGUUAGGAACAAUAUUCAAAAUUACUCCGACGUCAGGUUUAGAUACGUCGCCGUCGGCAACGAAGUCGAUCCAAACAACGCGAAUAGUCAAUACGUAAGUUACGUACUUCCGGCGAUGCGAAAUCUACACAACGCCAUUACAGCCGCCGGCCUAGGGAACCAAAUCAAGGUGUCGACGGCAACCUACGCCGGUUUGUUAGGCGUCUCCUAUCCACCAAGCAACGGCGCGUUUAAUGACAAUGCACGAGAGUUUAUUGAGCCGAUAAUCAGAUUUCUAGCUGAAAACAACUCGCCCAUGCUUGUAAACAUCUACCCCUAUUUUGUUGACGCUAAUGGCAAUCUACUGUAUGCGUUGUUUUUGUCACCGGGAACAGUUGUGAGUGAUAAUGGCCGGAACUACUCUAACCUCUUUGACGCCAUUUUAGAUGCUCAUUACGCAGCUCAAGCAUCUCUUGGUGGAGAAAAUGUGGAGAUUGUUGUGUCGGAGAGUGGGUGGCCAUCGGCAGGAGGUGAUGCGUGGACAUUUCAGACCGCAGAAACUUAUUAUAAGAAUUUGAUUGCACAUGUCACCGGGAUAACAGGGACACCGGCGAAGCCUGGAAGAUCAAUAGAGACGUAUUUGUAUUCAAUGUUUGAUGAAGGAAUGAAACCUGGAGCAGAAUCGGAGAGACAUUUUGGGAUAUUCUCUCCAGAUGGACGACCCAAAUAUCAAUUAAGCUUCAACCUCAUCAAAUCAAGAAAUGGAAAGAUAAGUGAAAGAUAUGGACUUCUCUCUGCCUUCUCUAUACAAGGGUUUUGAGAAUAAGCAAAGUAUUCCAUAUAAUAAUGCGCCAAAUCUCAUGUAGGCGAGAAGAUGUGUACCAGAUAAUUCUUUGGAGCUCAUUCCUAUGAGCCGUAUCAGGUGCGGGUAUCUGGAGGGCCAAAUAGAACUCUGUUCUCAUGUUGAUUCACUUUACAAAGCCAAAUAACCUUUAUGGAUUGAUUGGAGACGAAUAGAGAGUCGACGAUCCGUCUAGACUUUGAUGCACACAAGGUGUUCGUCAAAUGGUCCGAAAGAAGAUUAUAGUCCAACAAAUUGUUAAAUAUGUAGAUAAUUACUAAUAAUUUGCUUAUUUUGUAGACUAUAUUCUUCAUAUGGUUACUAUCGUUUGCAUUCCCUAUACUUAUUGGUGUUGUUGACAAUAAUCUGGUUGUACAUUAGAGAGAAGUAGAGAUGUAUAUUGAUAUUCAAUUGUGUGA